AUGAUUGACGCGCUUCGGAUAACUGGGCCGAGUCCUUAUCACCCGGGUUUAUCCGUUCCAGAACUUUCUCUUUCUCUUUUCUCCUCCAACUUCUUUUCAAUGUCGCUCGCUGCUCUGCGCGUAUCGGCUCGUAGGACCGCUUGGCGCGCUGCUGUCCCUCGCUCCACCUCAGUCGCCCGUGCUCGCCCUGCUUUUAGAAAAUAUUCGACUUCACCGCCCGAAACUGAGUCAUCCAAAUCUAGCAGUGGUCUCAUUGCUGGUGUCGCCGCUGCCGUUCUCCUUGGUGGUGGCGCGUACUAUCUGCUCUCAGGAGAUGGAGAGAGCGCUGCUGCAGCCAAAGCGAACUUCGUGCCCACCCAAGAGGACUAUCAAAAGGUCUACAAUGCGGUUGCUAGUCUUCUCGACGAAGCUGGGGACUACGAUGACGGUUCAUUUGGCCCUGUGAUCCUCCGUCUUGCCUGGCACGCGUCAGGGACAUACGACGUUGCUACCAACACUGGUGGAAGCAACUUUGCCACCAUGCGGUUUGCCCCCGAAUCGCUGCAUGGCGCCAACGCUGGCCUGGAUGUUGCCCGCGGGCUUAUGGAGAAGAUCAAAGCACAGUUCCCCUGGAUUUCCUACGGUGACUUGUGGACCCUGGCGGGUGUUGCGGCAGUCCAGGAAAUGUCUGGCCCCAAAAUUCCAUGGCGUCCUGGCCGCAUCGACGGGUUUGCGGAGAACGUUACGCCGGAUGGACGCCUUCCAGAUGCAACCCAAGGUGGCGCCCACCUCCGAGCUAUCUUCGGGCGAAUGGGUUUCAAUGAUCAGGAAAUAGUCGCUCUCUCUGGCGCACAUGCGCUCGGCCGAUGCCAUACUGACCGCUCGGGAUUCCAUGGCCCGUGGACAUUCUCGCCGACUACAUUGACCAACGACUACUUCAAGUUGCUGUUCAGCGAGACCUGGGUAUGGAAGAAAUGGAACGGCCCAAAACAACUAGAAGAUAAGAAGACGAAGUCGUUAAUGAUGCUGCCCACCGACUAUGUCAUCAUCUCCGACAAGGGUUUCAAGAAAUACGCCAAAGCGUACUCUGAGGACAACGAUUUGUUCUUCAAAGACUUCUCUGCUGUAGUCGCCAAACUGUUUGAGCUUGGUGUCCCUGCCUCUCAAUGGGUAUCACCUGAGCCGUGGACGCUGCAAACACUGGACGAGCAGAAGAAGUAA